CCUUUGACGGGAUCGAAAAGAAAUUACAGAAAUCUAAUUAAAGAAAUCUUGCUCCCCAUCUUAAACCGCCAAAGGGUGUUUGGAGAAGUCCCAUCACACUUCACAGGAAUUGCAGCAGGCAGAGACGUUUCGCCAUCUGAAGGAGCUUCUCUUUCAGGCAUUAAAAAAAUGGUUCAAUUAUUUCUAUCUGAACCCACCUGGAGCGAUACCGUGGAUGAUAAAUCCGUUAAGCAUCGUAUAUCUCUUCUGAACGAGUUGCAAUCCUUGAUGUGGUCAGUUCUUGCGUCACACGGAGGUCAGUCCGAGGCUCGAUUGUGGCUUUGCAAUAGUAUUUCAAGCAUGAGUUCGGUGACUCCGCGCCAUCGGCGUGAUCUUUUUGUGAAGAUAUUGAGGUCCAAGCCACUGAAAAGGGCCCUAGCAGCUCAAAUUCUUCAAAUGAUAUUUGAGAAGCUGCCGCGUAAAGCCGGGUCUAUCUUAGCCAAGAGAAGCCACCUGCUGGAGGAUUUCUUCAAAGGAAAUCCAAGGCGAAUAUUGCAGUGGUUUUCUUGUUUCGCUGGAAGUGGUAAUUUUGGGCACAGAAAAGGUGCCAAGGCAUUGUCUCAAUUUGCUUUUGUGAAUCGGGACAUCUGUUGGGAGGAGCUCGAGUGGAAGGGGAAACAUGGACAGUCUCCUGCCGUGGUUGCUACAAAGCCUCAUUACUUCCUUGAUUUGGAUGUCCAACAAACGGUGGAAAACUUUAUCGAAAAUGUGCCUGAAUUUUGGUCAUCCAAUGAGUUUGCUGAUUCAUUAGAAGAUGGUGAGAUUUUGUUUGUUGAUACAAAAUUCUUCCUAGACUUCUUUGUCAAUUUGAUGUACAAAGAGGAUGCAAAAGAAGUAUGGGAACUCAUAAAUGACUUUCUGAUGGAGGAAUCUUUCUCUUCUUUGUGCCACCACCUUCUUAUUAUUCUUGAAGAACGAGACUUCUGUGUUUUCUUGGAGUCACUCCGUAAAGUUCUCAAUCCGAGGAUUGAGUCAGUUGAUUUUGGUGACUUAUCAUGUUUGCUUGAGAUUAUACUUUCGAAGUGCAGAGAUUCUGCAUCUAUCGAUCAACUCCUCAUCCUAAAUGCAGUUGUAAGUCAAGGACGGCAGAUUCUGCGGCUUUUGCAUGAAGAAGGGGACGAGGACGAAAAAUUAAAAAUUGAAGACAUUGUUGCACAGGUUUGCAUGUGCUCAAGCCAUCCCAGUAGCUUGGCCCCAAUCAUGAAAGAAUGCUUUCAGGAAAAGAGCAUAGAAUCAGUAAAAUUGUUGGGCUUACAGUCUUGGGCUCUUCAUUACAGGUUAUCAGAGGAUUGCCAGAGUCCCGAGUCCUGGGAAUCGCUGUUCAUAGAUAAUGGAAUAAGCUUUCGCAAGUCCAGCAGUUAUGAGUUGUUACACAGUGAUGGAUUUUCAGAAGAAUGGGAGUCUGAUUUGGAUGAGAAAACUUCUGUUAGACUAAAACGGAAAAAGAAAGAGAAGCGUAGAAAGAAAAGGAGAAAAAACCUGGAUGACAGUGACUGCUAUGACAAUGAGCUACUGGAUAUUGAUAUGUCAAAGAACAGGUUGAGUUUGCAAUCUAGGGCUGGAAGUUGGUUUCUAUCUACUGAUGGGUAUUCUACUUCAUGGAGCAGUGUGGAUUUACCAGAACAUCUUUCUAAGUAUUGCUUUUCCACAUGGAUGAAGUGGGUUUUUGCAAGAUGGGGUGACGGAACUUGAUUCUUUUGCAUGGAUUGUUAAUCCUUAUUCUUUUGGCGUAAAUUCGGGGGAAAAAAUUGCUUGGAAGCGUAUCCCCUGGGCAUGUAGAGAUUAUAGAUGGACGAUAUAAGAUUAUUGAGCAGAUUUGCAUUCAAAGUGUCAACUUCAUAGAUCUCAUGGGUUGAAUGGGCCAAAGAAAUCGUCGUCGUAAGUUACUAUUUGCUGUUGUACUUUAUGCGCUAAGGAGAACUCUAACAGUACAAUUAGCUGAAUUUCAAUGAUUCUGAUAUGCAGGGUGAUAGCAAAGACAGUUUUCUUCAUUGAUUCUGAUCUGUAUGGUGCUACAAAGACAGUUGAACACAGACAGUUUUCAUACAUGUUGAAGGACUAAUAACAAGUAGAUUUGAGUUUUGAAGGCAACUUUGCUGCCUAUUGUUUUAGAGUGUUAUACUAUUUGUUGUCUUGCAUUCGAGGCCCUGUGAUUAUUAGACUUGUACAGUGAGCAAAGACGAAGUAAUCAAACAAUCUCUGUUCUCGCUCUUUUACCAUCCAAUCACUGAUGUUUUGAAUGCUAA